AUGACCUCGCACUUGCUCGACCGACUCAAGUCACACGACGACCGGCGCAUGCCGAGAGGCGAGUGUGUCUUUUGCGACAUUAUCGAGCGGCGUCAGCCGGCGUACAUUGUCGCCGAGACAGACGACGUGAUUGCAUUUCUCGACGUGCUCCCGAUUCGUGCAGGACACACGCUUGUGGUGCCCAAGUCGCAUGUAAAGAGCAUCUCGGAUCUGAGCCCAAAGCAGUCUGCAUCGCUCAUGCUCAAUGUCGUGUCGGUCGCGCGCACUAUGGAAAAAGCCUUUGGCAUUACGGGGCUCCAAGUUGCUGCGAAUCAGGAAUAUGCACAGGCGGUGGACCACGUGCACUUUCAUAUCGUCCCAGCCCCGUUGCCGUCUGGCUCAUCGUCCCCCCUCGAAAAGUACAAUACCCAAGGGACGCUGCAGCUGAUGGGCCGGCGCGACGAGCUCGGCGACGAGGAAGGCGAGGACCUUGCCAACCGCAUGCGCACGGCCACAGGCACGCUCGCCAAACUGUAG